CACAAACUCCUCCUCUUUCCAGUUUCUCUAGGUUCACAUCCAGCCACAUGGGCAUCUCGACCUGUCCGCUUCAUUACGCGCCAUGUGUGCUGCCCCUGUGGAAUGGGGAUCGGUUUCUGCGUGAGCGAGCCUGACUUUUCUAGUGCUAGAUACUCGAGAGCUGGAGCUCAAGGCAAAGGCUAUCCUUGAAAAACCUAAUCUCUUGUUGUUGAUCAGAAAAGUUUAAGAAGGCUAAUAUCGGAAAUUUCAAAUGACGACGGUCGCGUCACGGCUGUUCAGUUCAAGAUCAUCCAUCUCCAGACUAUAUAUAGUAGCUGCAUCCAGGAAUGGUAGGCAUCUGUCAACUGAUUCUAAUAAGGUUGAUGAACCGUUCAAAGUAGAGGAAGCCGAAACAGUAGAUGUCCCUCCACCACCAACGGAGAAGUUGCUUGUGUUGGGCGGAAAUGGAUUUGUUGGCUCUCAUAUUUGUAGAGAAGCCUUGGAUCGUGGUUUAUCUGUUGCUAGCCUUAGCAGAUCUGGUAGGUCAUCAUUACAUGAUUCAUGGGCUAAUGCUGUAACCUGGCAUCAAGGAGAUCUUCUUUCACCUGAUUCAUGGAAGGAAGCUUUUAAUGGGGUUUCUGCCGUCAUUUCUUGCGUUGGUGGUUUUGGUUCAAACUCAUACAUGUAUAAGAUUAAUGGAACUGCAAACAUCAAUGCAAUAAGAGCUGCUUCAGAACAAGGUGUAAAAAGAUUUGUGUAUAUUUCUGCUGCUGACUUUGGACUGGCCAAUUAUUUGCUGCAGGGAUACUAUGAGGGAAAGAGAGCUGCUGAAACAGAGUUACUAACAAAGUUUCCUUAUGGAGGAGUGAUACUCAGGCCUGGGUUUAUUUAUGGGACUCGCAGUGUUGGGAGCAUGAAAAUACCUCUAGGCGUAAUUGGUUCUCCAAUGGAGAUGGUUCUUCAACAUGCAAAACCGCUUAACCAGAUUCCAGUUGUUGGACCCCUGUUCACUCCGCCUGUGAAUGUGAGUGCAGUGGCAAAGGUUGCAACAAGGGCAGCAAGUGAUCCUGUUUUUCCUCCAGGAAUCAUAGAUGUAUAUGGAAUCUUACGUUAUACCCAGCAAAGGUCAAAAUAGAUUUUUUGAGUUGCUUUCGCUCGGCACCUUUUCUUUGAAAUUUUUGGUAACCUUUCCAGUGGAAGUCAGAAUUUUAGGUGCUCUACUGUUAAGACUUCCAUGGGUUUAUCUGAGAUGAAAACGCAUAGAAUAAUUAGACGAACUUGCUAUGGAGAUUAUAUUCCUAUA